AUGGUCACUAAUCUCCCCCAAUUCGUCUCCAUCUCCGCCAUGAUUAACGAUAUGGCAAUUCAGUCUCUCUACGAAGCCUUUUUCGAAACCCAAUUCUUGCCGGAGCCACCGCCGGUGCAGCUCGACGGAAUUGCCGCCGUCGUCGGGCGGCACGUCCUGUUCGGUGGAGGCGGCGCCGGGGCGGGCAAAAACGACGACGCUUCAUCCGCAGCGAGCGCGUCGAAGAAGGCGGCGGUGGCUACGGGGCAGAGGAGCUACAGAGGAGUGAGGAAGAGGCCGUGGGGACGGUGGUCGGCGGAGAUACGGGACCGAAUCGGACGGUGCCGGCAUUGGCUGGGGACGUUUGACACGGCGGAGGAAGCGGCGCGUGCGUACGACGCGGCGGCGAGGCGGUUGAGGGGAUCGAAGGCGCGAACGAACUUCGAAAUCCCGCUGGUUGUCCCACUUCAGUCCACGUCAUCGUCGUCGUCCACGUUAUCGAAAAUGAAUCCUGAUAUAAAUAUUAAUAUUAAUAAUAAUAAGUUGAAGAAAGUGCAGAAAAACGGAAGGAAAUGUUCAGUGGUUACGUCGGUGGCACAUUUGUUCAGUACCGAAGCUUCUUCAUGCAUCAACAAUGGCGGUCGGACCAUAUGAAAAUUUCUCAACUCUUCUUCUUUUUUUUUUCUUUUUUUUUUUUACGAAUUUUGAAAUGGGUUUUAAUUUCAG